AUGGAGACAGAGGUCGAUAAAGGUGGCUCUCCAACCUGGGAGCAGGAAUUUGUCUUGUAAGUAAUUAGAUUCAGGGAAGAUGCUACAUUUCGUCCUGUAGUAUGCAUUGUGUAUGCAACAGGCCAUGUACAUUAGUUCUAGACCUUGGCCAAGUUAUUUGAGGGAUGAUUGGUGCUAAUUUAAGCCAGGGUUUAAGAAUAAUAUUAUCAUGACAACUAAUAUAUGCCAUUUACAGGAUAAGCCUUAACUCGUCUUUAAAGAACUUGGUUCAAGGAAAUUAUAAAUUCAAAUGCAACUGGAUCUCUUAGCACUUGAAGAAUGGGGUUUGAACUGAGUAGCAUUUGCACCUGCAAUAUUAUUGUAUUGCCGCAGCAGGGUUUCUCUGUUUUAUGAUUGGUGAAAAAGCAAAAAUAUUGUUCCACACAUGGGCAUUUAAGAGGAAGAUGAAGGCUUCCUAGGUAACAGGUUUGCUAUAUCACAAGUGAACAUUUACUGCAAGGGAUAAUAUUUUUUAUGCUGGCAAAAAACCCCAAGUAAAUUCCAAUUAACUUGCUUUAUAUUAAUGCUUGUAAAUAUAAAGGACAAAAUUGACAUGAGAUGCAAAGUCACUAAGGUUAUCAUUUCCAUGGUUAUUUCCCAAUGGUGAAGAAAUAGCAACAAGAAUUUUCAGCACUGUAAACCGCCGAUUGUAAGCCUUCUAUGUAUCUUCGUAAGGGGUUUAGGAGGGCUUUUAAACAGAGGGGCUUUUAUAUCAGAAGAGACUUAUAACUAGAAUAGAGGUUUAGCAGGGCUGAUCAAAAUAUGUUUUGCAUAUAUAUACUGGUGUUUUACAGUCAAACCUGGUGAAGCAUACCCUCCCCCCCCUUCCCACCCCCUGCCAAGAUUCCAUUAAUGAAUUUAUUGUUCAAAAGUUGAAUCCGUUGGUAGUUGUAGAUUUCAGAUUCAUCUCGGCAUUCUUUCAUUCAUAUAAUGAGCCAUGAUUUCACAUGUGAGGCAGUUAUGAAAUUUCUACCAGCUCAGUUUCCGUGAAUUUGACGUAAAUACAGUGGAACCUUGUUAAUACAGUCACCGUAUUACUGAGGUGACCGGUAAUACUAGCUUAUAGGUAGAUAGGCUUAUAAUGAGGGUGGGGUGGAUUUGGGGGCUUAAUGCCGAGGGGGGGGUACUGCCAUAUAUGGGCUAUAUAGGUAUGUGCUACUGUGAAGGGUAUGGUUUUCAAGCAGUUUACUCAAGGAUAGGGUAUAUAAAUCAGAACAUUUGGGUCUAGAAUAAGGUAUCAUUUUUCAGGAAACUGAUCAAUUGGUUGAAGAUUUUAUCAUUAGAGGUCUUUUCAAUGACUAGACUAUUCAAAAUUAUACCCUGUUAUGUUUGGGGAAAGUUUCGGUCACUCCAAUGAUAUUAAAAUGAAAAUUGAGUUCGUUUUAAUAAAGCUACUCUAGGAUAUUCGUUAGUAAGGGGGAUUUGGGGAGUUUACUCUAGUAUAGGGUAGCAAAAUUUAGUUGAAUUAGCUCUGAUAUAGGUUAAGGGUUCCAGGGUCCCAGCUAGCAAGGUCUCCAAGUGCGAACUUUCAGCAGCUUAGAACCUUCAUCCGCUGCACAUCCCCACCCAGAAAUUCCUCCAAAAGAAGGAAAGCACCCCAACAGGGCUUAAUAGGAUAGGGGGAUUUGGGGAGUUUACUCUAGUAUAGGGCAGUUUACAUUAUUCUUGAGUUGAUAAGCGGCAGUUUACAUUAUUCUUGAGUUGAUAUCACACCAACUGCUCAAAGUGAACCACCUCUGGAAAAUUAUUGUAGAAAAUUUCCUUUGAACUUAAAGAGUGUUCCUUUUAUGUUUUGUCUGAUUUUGUUUUGAAAUUUUGUGGCCCAGAGCCGGUUUCAUCUAACCAGAUUUCUCCAAUUGUGCCAUAAAUGGGAGGUGUUCUUUAAAGUGGGAUGAAAGGCUUUUUACUCACACUUUUGUAUCAUUUAAUUUUACAGUACUUAUUUACCGUUGUUGUUUGUUUGGUAAUCUUCAGUGAAACAAACCGCUUGGAUCAAACACUGUGUUUUCAGUUGUGGGAGAAAGGAUUCUUCAAAGACAAUCUUUUGGGAAGUGCAUGGAUUCCUCUGAUGCAAAUCCACCAUUCCAAUGAGGGGGGAAGUGGUGCCUGGGUACAAUUGAGCAAUGAGACACCAAAAGGUCUGGUGUCAUCUGGACACUUGAUACUGGUAGACAGUCGCUUUGAGCUGCCAACAGGUAUGAGUCAACAAAAAAAGGCAUGGGUGCAAGCAAAUUCUUGUCUUAAAUUUGUGAAAAUUAUGGUCAAGUUUCUUGCCUCUUACAUUCCUUAUUUGAAGAAAUAAUUAAAGGCUUAAUCUCAGCAAGAUCUCAUGAUACAACCUGUACUUCACCUUGGUAAUCUUGCCAAGACAUUAAACAACCCUCAGAAGUCAUUGGAAAAAUCCCGGGAAUUUUUUGGUAAUGUUCAGAAGUCAAUAAAAUGCCUUUAGCACAGUGUGGAAGUCAUCAGAUUCUCUUGAAAAUGUGGUUAAUAUGGAUACAAAAAUCACACGCAUGAGACUCAGCAAGAGUUGGUAGGUGUAAUAUUGACACUCACCUCCUUGAGCAAACCACAAAAUGUAGCAAAUACAUGUGUGCUUUCCUUGAAUAUAAAUUAUUAUAUUUGUCGCAUUGCAGAGUUAUCUAUUUACCUCAUUAAUUCAGUAUUUCUUUGCUCUCUUUGCUAUUCAACUUUAUUAUGUGUUAUGUGUUGACCUUUUAGUGUUUGUUGCUCGACUUGUUUAUUCUAGGAAGUGUGUAUACUCUAAUUUUCAUAUGUCAUCAAGGUCCAUCCUAAACCCCUUAGGACUGGUUCACAAACCCAACAAAUGCUCACACAUCCAAUGCAAAUGUAAAUGCAGUGAGAUAUGCAAGUGCAUUUAAUAAGCAUCCUGGCAGUGUUUCCUUACUAGUUAGAUGAACGCUUUUCACCGUUACGUCAAUAACAUCCUUGCAUUUGUGUUGUUUGUUUUCUUGUGGUUGCAUUUUAUUUUGCAUCAGUCAUGUGUGUCCACCCUUGAAAUAGUAUCCACUUAAGCCCUACUACAGCUGACUCCUGAUAACUCGAACCCUUGCUAACUCAAACCUCACGCUAACUCUAACUAAAGUUGAUUUCCCCUCGAUUUCCUUCAUACAUUUGUAACUCGAACCCUUGAUACCUCCCGCUAACUCAAACUUAUUCUUGUUUCCCUUCAGAUCAUCUCUUUAUUUUGCCCUCGAUAACUUUAAUCAUGUCAUGUUUUAAAUGCAUGACAAAAGAGUGUACUGAAGUCUGAAUGACUGAAUUCAAGACAACCAUGUAUUAGUUUGUCUCCACUCUUUUUGGUCAGUCCAGUUCAAAUUCAGAGUCCAUCCCUGUAUCUUAGUGAAGCUUUGUUGCUUACUUCCUUUUUCAAAAUAUCAAUAUAAUACAUUUACCUGAGCUUGCUGCCAUGAAGUGAAGUGUGCAUGAUACUUGUAUUCCUUACCUAUCCCAUUUGCUUAUUUCCUGUCUUUUGCAUCAAACUCCCAAGAACUUAAACUUUUUUAGACUUCCCUAAAAGGUUUUAGUUAUCGGUCAAAGUCAACUGUACGUUGUAAUAGUGUACAGUAAAUGAACACCACUAAUUUUUUUGCACACUGUAGAAUGAAGCAACAAGCUUGCUUUGUGGGAUUUAUAGUUACAGUAAGUUCAACAUAACAACCCAUUUUGCUUUUCUCAGAGCUAAGCGAUGAAGAAGUUAUUGCUCUCCAGAAUAAGCUGGAUUCCUUUUACACCAUUAUGAGUCAAGAAGUGGAAGUCUUGAAGGAGCAAUCCAAGAAACUUCAAAGGGAAAAAGAUAUUAAAACUGGUGAGAUAAUCACUGUUGUGACGAUAUUUAACUCCUGACAGUCAAGCUUGGAUUUAUUUAUUACAAAAUAAUAAAGUACUUUCAAAUACUGAUAGAUAUAUCUUUGACAAAUGAAUGCCACACUUGUGCAAUGCGAAUUAGGAGUUUCACUGCACAUCUUAACAAGUCUAUAUAAUUUUUGAAUCACAGCUCUUAUGAUAUGAUUUAGUUAGGGGCCUGGCAGAAAAAUGUUAUGAUAAUAUUAAUAAUAAUAGCGGUUGUUCUUAUAAUUCGAAUUUUGUGUACCCCUCAAUGCAUUUACAAAAUUGUCUAAAAUGUCACUAAUUUAGAUGUUACUAAUAUUAAAUGUACAUGAAAUUAUCUAUAUUUAUCUGAAAUUAAUAGUAAUAAUGAUAAUAAGAAUAAUAAUAUUAAUAAUAAGAAUAAUAAUUAUAGAGAAAAAUAAAAAUAAAAUAAAACUUGUUCUAUGGUCCAUAACAGGCAACUAACAAAAUGCCUGUUUGAACAGAAAAGUUUUUAAAUUAGACUUAAAUGACACAAGAGGACAUGAGUUACGGAUAUGGCUUGGUAGUUGAUUCCACAACCUCGGUGCAGCAAUUGAAAAGGCUCUAUCUCCAUAUGCACUAAGGUUAGAUCUAGGAAUUCUGAGAAGGUUUUUAGAGGCUGAUCUAAGUGACCUUGUUGGAGCAUAAGGUGUUAAUAGAAUUCUGUAGUCUCUGUAGUUUGUUAAUAUCUCCUCUGCUGGUAAACCGUACAAGAAGCUAUUACAAUAGUCUAGUCUGGAUGAGAUGAAUGUGUGAACAAGGUACUCAGUGCUUGUGUGAUCUAAGUAUUUCCUAACCCUGCCUGGGGGGACAAAAUGUAAUAAACAAACUGUUCAUAUUUUUACAAAAAAGGACAAUCAUGUCCUAGGCAAAGUUCUAAUAUUUUUUAUUUGAAAAAUGCCGGACAAUGUGGUUGACAAUAAUUUUUAGGAACUUGGGGUGGGAAGCCGCCUGAGAAGCAGACAUUUGCUUACCACCUCUGGUUUCCCUGGAAAUGACGUCUGAGGUACAAAACUAGUGCAGAAAUUACAUACUGAUGAUCGACGUCUCACUAUAUAGAUGUGGGUAGUGCUUCUGAUUGGCUGAAGCAAAUUUCCCUUGCAUCACAACCUACCAAAAGCAGACACGCCAUCAAUAUGGAAUUUCUGCACCCAUUUCUCAGAUAUCUUUUCACUGGCAAACCAGUGCUGGUGUCGUGAAAUGUCCGCUGUUUUCUUGGGCUAGGAGGGAAGGUGGAUACUCUCAACGAGAUACUGGUUUCAUAACCCUUCUCCUUCCCCUGCCCGGUAUUAAAAAAUCCUGCCUAAGCUCCUUAAUACUGAUAUUAAUAUCUAUAACAGUAAAUGUAUAAUAAGAUUGAGAUCUUGUGAAACAAAAAGAAUCAGUGGUGCAAGAAACGGGUGUUUGGAAUAAGGCCCUGUGUUAACACAAAGUAAAUGGUAAGGACAAUCUAGCACUUUAUCAGAAGUGUCCUGACACUUUAAAUAGGGACUCCUUUAAUUAUAAAACUGAAGGGGUACUGAGUGCGUAUAAAACUGAACAAUGUCUUUUUUAUUCUCUUCUUUGUAACCAGUAAGUGAUGAAUUAGACAGUGCUUACUACACAAGUGAUGCUGCUCUCUACAACCCCUUUCUGGAGUCAGACCCAGAGUCAGACGACAGAGAUUCAGAUGAUGUUGCUGAUGGACAGAUCAGUGACAGUGAAGCAGACAGAGUUAUGAUCAACUACACAGACCAUUUUGAUGGAAGCAUAGGUCGCACUUCAGAUGACAUACUUGAAGACCUUGAAGAAAAGGAACUAGAAGACAGCGUCAUGAUGCUUGUUUCUGAGUUGCCUGAGAGUGAACAAGGAGAUGAUGAAAUGUGGAUUGAAGAUGAGGAGACUGUGGAGGUAAGAUUUGUGUUUGAAACUUUAAAUGAAUAAUAAUAUUGUUCGGUGACAGAGUAAUACUGAUGUUUGUUUUUUAUUGUUGUCUGGCAUUUAGUCAAAUGCUGUUUGCUUGUAGUCUUGUUUUCAAUAUUAUUUUUUUACUAUAAUAAUGAGUCAAGAAAAAAGACAGUCAGGUAUUUAGACAGAAACAAAGAGAGAUUGUCGUAGGGUAGUUUAUCAGUGAAAAAUCAGACCGAGUUUAAAAUGUUGGCAGUGAUGAGUCUGUAGGAAAGUUAACCGGCAGUCUGUCAGAGAGACUGUUUUGUCAAUUUGCCAGCAACUUGUAAAUCUAUCAAACUUUUUAGAACUCUAGUUCACUAUUAGUUAAUCAAUUUAGAUUCGAAGUUGUUGUUUGAGUAAAAUUUAACUUCAUAUUGAGGCAUAGAGAUCAGAGUUGUCAUUAAGAUGUCAAGUGACUGGGCAAAAUAUACAACAAGUAGGGAUCUUAUUUGGUUUUAUACAACUUAACAACAACAACAGCAACAACAACAACAAUGUUUAUUGUGCUCUUGACACAAAGGUGUAGAGUAAUGAAAAGGAAAUAAUUGUGAAAGAUUAAGAGAGCACAGCCACUCAUAAAUAGCCAAAGCUAAUUGUGCUGAGUGGCUGGGCCAUGCGGAAAAGUAAUGAGGUAUUUAAGUUCUUAUAAAUAAUCAAAUGCACACAAAAACACACAAAGAAAAAAUAUUUAAGACAGUUGUGGAUCCAGGGAGGGGACCAAACUGAGGCCCGUUAGGGCCAAAAAAACAACUCACCAAUUUUAGAUCUUCUUUAACCCAUUCACUCCUGGAGAUUUUGCCGAAAAACGCAUUUUGAAGCUAGUCGAGUGGUUUUUUGGUCACUGUCGUGCUAUAAAGAGCUAAAACUUACCACAAACCUAUUUACAGGUGGUACACUUCACAGCCUUCUGAUCCAGAUGUUUGGACGUGGGCAGGAAGCAAAAUUUUUUUGGGUUUAAAAGUGACACAGCAGUCUUGACUUUUACUUUUCGCUUUCUGUCCUUCCCUCUUUUUUCACUUUUCUUGCCUCAUUUUUUUUCUCUUGCUGGACAUUUAGUAGGCUUCAUUUCGGUGGGAAGAGUUUUUAGGAAAGCUUUUAGGAUCUUAGGAUUAGGUGAAAGGAAAGGUAGGUGGGCAAUGGAACAAGAUUUUCAUGGAGAUUUACAGGUCAAUCUUACAUGGUUUUUUGCCUCUUUCUCUGGUGUCCUUGACUGAAUUGUGCUCAUUCUGGUAUGGUUUGAAAGAUCUCUUUACUCUGCAUAAGUUAGCGGGCAAAGUUGUCCUUGACCGUUAAAACUGAUGAUGUCACAAGGGGUAGAAAGGACGUGGAUCUGCAUGGGCGGUUAUGGGCAGUUCAGGGGCAAAUGGGUUAAAUAGCAUUCCAGAGUUUAGCCCCACUAAAAUGGAUAUUAAAUUUCCUGUAAUUUAUUUUGUCACUCUCACAGCAGCCAGUGGAAACCCCUGGCUCCCAGCCCUUAAUGACAGUCCUGAAUCAUUCCCAUCAAGGGAGAUUUACAUUAAACAUAAUUCAUUACCAGUUACCCAGUAGUUCAAUCAUUGCUAUCAUAUUUGACUGUAUUAUAAUAUUAUUGAAAAGAGAAUAGUCAGUUACUAACACCGUCCUUGAUCUGCUUAAUUCUUCAUAUCCUACUCAACCUCAUUCAUUAAUUUCUUUAUUAUUCAUUCAAAAUAAUUCCUAGUUUAAAAACAUAGUGAAAACAUGCUUACCUGCAUUGAUGUUAAGUUCAUCUUCGAUAGUGUACAUUUAGGUUUGUCCAGCUCCGCAAAUAUUCUCCAUAUAGCAGAUGUCGCCCUCCGAGUUGCCUUCUUGCUGUUUUUGUUAUGUUUUUAGCUAUUAUUUCGCCUAGUUCCAGCUGUGGUUCUUACUCUUGAAACGAUUGAAGUGUCUGCCAUUUUUUUUUACAACCAAAACAACUCAACCUCGUGCCCAGGUCUUCUCGGUAACUGUCCCUUAACCUGUAGCGGGCUGCAUUUUUGAUGUCAUUUCCUCGUUAAACACAAAAUUCUUCCACAUUAUUUUGGUCAUCAGUAACUGGUUAUGGUGAGUUAUGCAUGUGCUUUUAGCCAAUCAGAAUUGUGGAAAUAUUUUGAAUAAAUAAUAAGUUAAUUUAUUAUCAAAUCAUUAAUUAAACCAGUAGAGUGCAUUUUAUCCUAGCUUUCCUAUUAACAUUCGACCAAAUUGAUUAUUAGAAAGGAAGGGAAUAAAGCUUACUUUUGCCUGUCUUGUGUACAUUAUUUUACUGUUUUAAAUGGUUAAUCUCUUUAGUUGAUACCAGACUUAUUUGACUUGGCAGGCUGCAGCUGGUUAAUAAUACCCCAAGCAUUUAUUAAACCAUACUUGUGUUUUACAAAUACUGUAAACUGCUGCUUAUAAGCCCUGGGGUCAUGCAUCUUUGUAAGGGGUUUUAGGUGGACACAUAAACUGAGGGGCUAUUUCCAAGAGGGGCUUAAAACCAGAUAAAUUAUGCACUUUGAAACGUAUAAUCUAUGGCAGUGCAGAUCAAACUACAUUUUGCAUUGACUGUUUUUCAAUAUUAGACUUCAAAAUGUCAUAAUAAAUCAGUGGAAUUCAUUUCAAUACAAGCUAGAGGUCCAAAGUUAAACACCAUCCCAUUUCCACUGCCUUAUCUCCAUGUUUAAGAAAAAAGGAAUUUGUGGGAACUAAAAUGGUGUCAAAAACAGCGGAUCCUUUAAGAGACAUUUACUCCCACCUAAUACACUAAAAAAUAAGAAAGAAAAAAAAAGGAAAUAACAAAACUGGCUACAACUUUAGAGGGGCUGAUUUUCGCAUACCCAGAUUUCAUUUGAUAACCUAUGGGAAAUGCUCAUUGUGAUAUCUAGGACCUAAAUUAUGGACUAGCCUGCUGAGCAAGCUAAGAAAUCUACCAUCGCUGCAAUCAUUUAAACUACAGACCUGUCUUGUCAAUCACCGGGGGUGGGGGGGGGGGUACUCCCCUAUAGAAAUGACGUGGGUGCUCAUGAUACGUUUUAGGGGUUUAAAUUUGUGGACUGGUAUGGCUUAGGGUUCUAAAAUAACUGCUGCCUGAGUUGUCUCAGUAAGAUUUAUGACAAUACUUUCAAAAAGUCCUUGAGAAGAAAGUGUUCGAAAGUUAUCUUUAUUACUAUUAAAUUAAUUUGCAGUGCCAGUUAUAUACUUUGUUGUUGUUGAAUUGGUACCUCUUAGGGGUGGAAAUGAAUUUGGAACACGUCCACAAAACAAGAUUCCGGUACCUUUUAGGGGUGUUAUGGAAAUUUUUCCGACGAGCGCGCUCGUCACUUUUAUAGGGGGGUACCCCUCCCAGGUUCAGUCCUUCACUUAAGUUAAAGUCUGACUGUGAGAAUAACCGACACACAAGCUGACCUAAUUGCUUUUUUUAUUGAACAUUCGAGUUGUUGUGAGUAAUUGAAUCAUCUUUAAUAUUGUAAAUCAUUUUCAUCAUUUUGUAAUUCACAGUAUAAUUUUAUUGUUAAUCAUAGCUAUAACAAAAAUUCUUAAAUCUGAUUGCCUAUCAACUGUCCUGAUUUCAACCUUAAUAGGACAGUUAAACAGCAUAGUACGCGUCAUGCCCAAGUAAUUAGACAGUACGCGCCAUCCCGCGCGCGCUUAAAUGGCUUUUUUUUUCACUGCUAGCAAACAAAAUCUCGGAGUUUCUUGUGUUUUGAUUAAAAAAAGAGCCUAAUAUAUCACAAAUUUUGUUGAAGUUAUGAUUAAUUGGUAACAGAACUUCGUGUCGUCCAAUUCGGUCUGUAAUCAUACUCGUGAUUAAACAAAUCGGACUCCCGCUACGCGGUCGUCUGAUUUUGUUAAUCACUCGGAUGAUUACAGACUGAAUUGGACUCCACUCAGUCCCUGGGGGCCGGACUCAGUCCUAUUACCAUUACAUAUAAUGUCCAAUAGGCUAGUUUUAUAGAUGAUAAUGUUUAUCUAGGCUGGCUUCUUGAAUUAGUUGUAUUUCAGUUUCCCCAAUAAGUAGGGUUUUUACCCUCGGUUUAAUACUAUAUUGGCACUUCAAUAAAGUCAUGAUGAGUCAUGAUGAUGAUACAGUGAUUUAAGUUCCCGUUUACAUGUAAAUCAUUUGAAAAAAGUUCUAACCCAUUGGACACAUUCCGGGAGAAAAGCAAAGGAAAGAGUGCACAUCAAGAGUUCAAACUGGUUUGAUAAAGAGGAUCUGGUUUGAAAAAAAAAAUAAAAUAAAACAUGAAAGGAAGUGAUUCUACCAAGAAAUCGUGCUAAUAAUUCCAUUGGUACCCAGAUCUCUUUCAGGCCCCGCCAAUUUUCUUCCGGUCGUAUGUACUGUGGUGCUGCUGUGGUGACUUCAAAUGCCAUGAGUCACACAGCAUUUUACCUUCACAACUUAAAAGUUUCCUUAGGGGGCUUUCAUUUGGAUAACAUUUUGAAUGUUUAAGCCGUGGACCCUUCUUUUUGGUCAAGGAGAAAACUCCUCUGAACAUACCAUGUCUGUGAAUUAUUCGGACUUAAACUUCCCGUUCGUUCUGUAUGUUCUGUCUCAGUGAUUUUACUUUAAUUUAAGCUUAAGUUUAAUUUAACAGAAGUUUCUGAGAUCCUCAUCUUCAAAGAACAUUUUCGUUUUCCAGAGACUGUGAACAGUGUGAAGAUCGUAGUGCCGAGUUUUAUUGUGACGAGUGCAAACUGAGAUAUUGUCCGCGAUGUCGCUUCAUCUUUCACUCAAAGGUAGACGACACGACAAAUGGUGCUCUUUUUUCGUUGAAACUAUGCUAUUUUCGGUUGUGGUUUACUAAGAGCUUCAUUUGGCUGUUAAUUUUUUUAAAAUUCUACUCUCAGUUUGAAAAAAUUAUAACAUUUUCUCUUAGGGAAAGUUACGACAGCAUAAAAUCGAAUCUGUAGUCGUCCAUCUUUGCGAGUCAUGCCUGACAGAAACGAAGCAAUUUGAUUGCGAGGUUUGCGGUUUAGGUAAGUGCUUAUAGGUGAUCGUAAAUAAUAAUGUUGCAGAAGAGUUCCGUAGUCGACAUUUUCUGUAUUCCUAUUCAUCUGUAACAUUAUCUUUUCCUAUUUGAACAACACAAGAGGUAAUGAAAUUUAUAUCAUAGUACGAGUGCAUUCUAGAGGAAUCCCCUUUAAUUUAUUGCGUGACAUUGUUUAUCUUGUCAAUGCGUUUCGUCUGGAAAUGUACUCGCAGUUUUUUCCUGUUAACUCAGUCAAAGAAACUGUUGUUCUGUAGUUGUCUUACCCAUCAGAGUCUGUCUUGCAAUUUUUGCAAGCAUUUCUUCUAGAGUUUUAAUUUACUUUCCAAAUACGAAAUAUAAUUUUCAAAUAACGGUAAUGAUAGCGUAUUGUUUAUUGUUUAAAUCAGCAAAUUCAAAAAAUUGCCAGACUUGUUUGAAACACAUCUAAAUGGCUUUUGGCGUGUAGUCAAGUUCCCUGACUUAUUUGCUUGCCAGUGCUGAUUUGACCUUGAAAAUGUUUUUAUGAUUGUGCUACGCUUAGCACAAGAGCAUUGAACAUAAGAGGACUUGAAGCGAUAACUGGCCAUGACUAGUUGCUUUCAUUUAAAAUGCAUCUAGUUUUUGACUGCCCCAGCGUUCUAUUAUAAUUUUUAUUGAGAAUGGGUAGCCCCUUAAAGGAGGUGUUUCUCUUCCAGGCUAAGUUUAGGAUACAAUGGUAGCACAAUAGUGAAUACAUUGUAGAGAAUUAAAAGACCUUUGGAUUUUAGUUAAUUAUUCCACAUGCCUCUUGGUAUGUAUUUACUGAACUUCUCUUUUGUUUCUCUGUUGCAGGAUUUUGUGAUCCUUGCUGGUACCCGUGGCAUGCAAAAGGAACACUUCAGCAACAUCACCAAAUAUCUGUUGUUUCUAAGGCUAAUGAGAGAUCAAAAGAACCACAAAUACAUGAAGAGAUACCUGUGAUUAACAAAGUGAAGUGGAAGCCACCACAUGCAGAAAAUAGAAGUGUUUCCAAAGAGGUGUUUACAUCUGCGAAGUUAAUAAAAAGCUGAUUUCAACUGUUUAUCCACUUGAGAAAGGCAACUUCUAGGGGAGCCUUGAAUGAAUUUUAAGAGAAGUUUUACAAUACAACAGUAUUGUAAAAGGCAGCUAAUGGAACGUGACGCAAUUGGCCUCUCGGGGCAUCUCUAUGUGAUGCAAUGUACUUUCGACCCGUUUAUCAAUUGUUACAUUGUAGCACUUGUCAUCACUGUGUGGAAGCAAAUUAGUUCACCUUUUCAAAAUGGCUAAGCUAGUGAAGGCUACAUUCUUGUCUCUUUUGCUGUGACACAUAGCUUAUUAUAAGUAUGGUACAAUCCUUCUAAUUGGCUUAGUACCUUAACAUUGUCUAGCCAUACAUAAAUUGUGGUCAGAAGUUCUAAGUCACACUUUUGCUUAUGCCAAGUCAUUCGCUGUUUUCAACGGAACAGUGACAUUAAUACGUUUUUUUUUUAGAAUGGUAGUCAGUACUUACCAACUAAAGAUACUGUAGCAGAUCAGCUAGUGUAGCGAGAAAUAACCUGUUUAGGCAGUUCUGACACAACGGGUGCUUGCAGCACGUCAGACUGCUCUUGUUUAGUCUUCAAUUGACUAUUGUAUUCACUUGCCUUUGUAAAUUAGGUUUGUCCGUUUGUUUGGAUUAUAUUAUCAUUAAAAUUAAAUCUGAUAGUUUAGUGCUGAUUUGCUAUUAACAAAACCAUUAUUGUUUUAGUUGGAGUUGUGUGGUCUGUUUCAGUGAUAUCUGAAGGAAAUACUACAUUCAAAAAUACUAAUUUGGGUCAUUACAUCUCACUCUUGUCAGGAAUCAAUUUAAUAACAAUACUGAGAGAUGAAUUAAAAAUGACAUACAUUUGAAAAAAGUACAAUUGUUACAUUUCAGUGCAAAAAACUGUCAUGUCAUUGUUUACAGUUUGUACUAUCAUUGUAGGUUAGUAUUGUUUAGAGUUGAAUCUCUGACUUAAAGUCAUUAUCAUACUCUCAUCGUCAUAGCUGUCAACUAUCACUACAACCAUCAUCAUCAUCCAUGAUCUUUCCAUUAAUAAAAAGAAUUAAUGUACUGAUCUGAUCCUUGAAACUCUCCUUGUUCCCCUCUUUAAACAUCAGUCACUGAUCAAAUUGAUUUACUGGGAUUUUUAGGUUGAUGUGGGUACUGAAAUCAUCGAUGAUGGCAUUGAUGUGCAUGUCACUAACUAUACAGAACCUACAGACCAUGAAAUAGAAACAUCCAAGAAACCUAAAGAAGGAAGUAGGACUGAUGAUGACAGUGAUGUUGAAAAAAGUGGACCUCUCCAGCGAAAGGGAGGCUUUCGAAAAUCUCCUUCAUCAUCUCGGAAAUCAUCAUGGUAAGCACAAGAACUUUCUUCACCAUAUUCCAUCUAUGUGUUCACAUGCUUCACAUAGCAUCACAUCAGCUGAUGAUCAUUGGCUUCCUAUCAAUGACAGAAGAGAAUUGAACCUCCUGAAAUCAAGCUUUAAAGCUUUGCGUAACACUGAGACUUGGCCAGAUUAUCUUAAAAUAAUAAAACAGGAAUGCCCCAAGGAACUGUGCUCAAGCAAUUCAAUUAUUAGAUUAGUGGUCCCGACCGAAAACGGCACUUUCCAAGAUAAUGCGUUGAAUUUAAUAAUCUACCAGAAACUAUUAGAAACUGUAAUGAUUACAGAACCUUUUAAGACUUUCAAGGAAUUUUUUAAGUAACAGAGUACAGAGUGAUUAGUUAGUUUUACUUUAAUUGGAUUCUGUUAAUCCUGCUUCUACUUUUAAUUGUAUAUAAUUGCAUAAUUUGUAAAUAACUUAAUUUGAUUUAUUUUGUAAUUGUUAUUGAUGUAAUUUAACAGGGAAGAGCCACCCAGUGGAGCUGUUAAUAAACCAUUAUUAUUAUUAUUAUUAUUAUUAUUAGAAGUCAUGAUAAAUUGCUAUUUCUCCAUUUUCACAUAGACCAUAAUGCACCUCUCUUACCCCCCCCAAAAUGUUGCGUAACCAUUGUUUCUAGUUUCUCCAAAUAUUUCUCAUUAUUUACUCCUAUCUCCUCAGUAAUACAGCCAUCAUAAGGGAAAUCAAAGACAAUGGUUAUGCAAAAUUUUUGGGGUGGCGGGGGGGGGGGUAAAUAAGGUGAAUUGUGGCCUAUGAGAAAAUGUUGAAUCAGCUGUACUAAUGUACGCUAUUAGUAAGGUACUGUUUAAUGAUGACAACUAUUGUUGUUUUCUGUCAGGAAUGAAAAAACUAAAGCACUUCUUGACUUAAGAGAAGAUUCAAGCUCCAUAAUGAAAAAGAGAAGGCCUUCAAUACCUUUUGUUGUAAGUUACUUGGAGACACGUGCAAUUUUUGCAAUUAUUAAUUUUGUUGCUGAAAUAACUAUUUAACAUGAAACUUUAUCAUAUGAAAUCAGAAAUGAAGGAAAGAGCAUGUUUAAAUAUUAUUAGCAGUAAUUUCCAAUCAACUGCUCCCCUAAGUCAACAUUAACACUAACUUCUCCCUUAGGGCAAAAUUGUGACUUAGGGGAGGGAUAGGUGGUCAGUUACCCAGAAACCUUGAUUGAUCUGUAACCUCAAUUUUCACACCAGAGCUGACAGUGGUAAGAUUUUGUGCAGGAGUGGCUUUUGAUUGAAAGGCUUUGUUUUAAGACCUUGCCACAUCCCCCCACCCUGUUUGAUAUUAACCCAUUCACCCCUGAACCGCCCGUGCGGAUCCACGUCCUUUUUACUCCUUGUGAUGUCAUCAGUUUUAACGGUCAAGGACAACUUUGUCCGCUAACUUGUGCAGAGUGAAGAGAUCUUUCAAACCAUACCAGAAUGAGCACAAUUCAGUCAAGGACACUGGAGAAAAAGGCAAAAAAACCAUGUAAGAUUGACCUGUAAAUCUCCAUGAAAAUCUUGUUCCAUUGCCCACCUACCUUUCCUUUCACCUAAUCCUAAGAUCUUAAAAGCUUUCCUAAACACUCUUCCCACCGAAAUGAAGCCUACUAAAUGCCCAGCAAGAGAAAAAAAAAAAUGAGGCAAGAAAAGCGAAAAAAAAGGGAAGGAGAGAAAGUGAAAAGUAAAAGUCAAGACUGCUGUGUCACUUUUAACCCCAAAAUCGAAUUUUGCUUUCUGCGUAUGCGCGAACUACGCAAGCUGAUAUUUUGCAUCUGGAUCAGAAGGCCGUGAAGUGUACGACCUGUAAACAGGUUUGUGGUAAGUUUUAGCUCUUUAUAGCAUGACAGUGACCAGAAAACCACUCAACUAGCUUCAAAAUGCGUUUUUCGGCAAAAUCUCCAGGAGCGAAUGGGUUAAAAGAAACACAUGUUAUAUUACUGUGAGAAAAAAGAGAGAAAAAAAAAAUUUCAUAACAGAACAUCUGAGAGCUGUGGUUCACAACUUGGGAGAGAUUCUACCAUGGUUUGCAAGUUUCAAAGUUUACUCAUAAAUUUGUACAAGGAUUUGAGUGGAUGACUAGCACUACCGAAGAUUGACUAGGUGGGAAGGAUUUUUGUGAACACAAAUCCUUGUUAAUUCUGGUCCUUUAUGGCAGUAGCUACUUUUGAGAUUUAAAGGCCUGAAAAUUGACACUAAUAAGAGGCCCUGCCAGGGUAAAUUCCGACAAGCGACAUGGCCCAAAAAUUAGCGACAGCACGACUAAAAUGAAAUCGCGACAAGAGACAACCUCCCUUGGCCAAAUUGUGACAGUGACGGAAAAGCCGACAAUAAGCGACAAGCAUUUUAUGAACACUGACACGAGACGUUUUAAAAUUCAGACGGGCGACAUGGGAGCCCCCCCUGGCAGGGCCUCUAAUAAGCUUAUUCUUAUAGUGCUUUCUAUUCCUAGUAGACAAAAUUAUAAACAAAUUUUUUUCAUGAACUGAAAGUUGAUCAUGUGAUCACACGACCAGCAGUUUUGCUAAGGGCCUAUCACCUUUAUAAACUAACCUUUGUAAAUGGAAAUGGUCAUGCAGAAACUGAUUGAUUUAGCAUUGAUAUUAUCCAUGUUGGUGUAAAAAUUUGUAAAAACAAUUGACUCACCCCAUAGAAAAGCUGCAAUCGUCUUUAAUAAUGAAAUAGUUUUUGAGGGUACACACUCAGGUUUCAAGACAGUUUUUGGAGGUUUCAAAUGUUUGUGACCCAGAUUCAAAAGGUUAACAUUUGACAACAGGCUACUAUCUGUGGAUAUCUUAUGCUGGGCAUGCCAACGAAAAAGCAUCCCUGUCAGAAAUAUAAAGUCCUCCAGACUUGACAUCGCAAAGCUUUAAAUUCUUGAUUAACCUCUGUGUAUAUUAAUCUCAUUUUCCAAUCUAAAUUUUCAGCAGCCAAGAUCAAGCACGAUAAGGAAACAGAUAAGGAAACCCCACAUGAUGAUGUCACAGAGGGCACAUUUGAAUGACGAGGAGUUGGUAAUAAAGUGAAACAUUAUUUAAGUUACAGUGUAAUGAGCCUGUAUUGAGCAGACUCCCUCCUUGGCAGGGUUCUGACUCCUAGCAACCCUCCUCCACCAGGAGGGGUUGGAGAGAACCCUAGCUGGGAACGAGGUUGGCAGACCCCAUGUUAAAAAAUUAUAGAUGCCUAUGUAAAUAUUGUCAUUACAAUAUUUUUUUUAUAAAGUCAACCUGUUACGGCAAAUUAAAAGUGCACCUGUUAUUAGGCAGACACUAGUAAUAAGUUAGGGGUCCAGGUGGGUGACGUCUUGUUACAGGUUGCCCUGUAUUCCCAGAAAAUAUACACACCUUCUCGAUGAAUUGAAGGCCUUUUCAAUUUAUUUGCCCCUAUGCCCCCUUCCCUGCAGUUUUCAUAACUAGUUAUGGCUGCAGCAGUUACACCCACAGCCACUCUUUUGGAUAUCACUGGUUACAAUGACACUUCCACCAGGGGAAUUGGUAUCAUAUGGUUUUGCGAGUGAAAUCACUCCACCACACUGGUAUAUUACUUUUUAGUGUUUGAACAAUCAUUAUUGGCUGUAAAAUACAUUUGAAACUGUAUUGCCGGGUUCUGUUAAUUUACUUAGUAAUGAUAAUAAUAUUGUUUCUUCAAGAAACUACACGUUUACAAGAAGUCUCUUCAGGCACUUAUCUACCCCAUCUCAGGUAAAUAUUAACAGCUGUAAAAGCUAGCAGAUAAUCUGCACACACCUCAGACUAGCCGCACCUCAAGUUUUCGAUCUAACAUAUGCCUUUUGGAUCUCCACCAUUUAUGGAUUAAAAAUAACUGUGUUAGAAAUAGUUUUCAUAAAUCCUGGUAAUUUAGUCAACUAAGACAGUGGCUUGCUGCUAAAUUUAGGACAUUUUUAUUAUUUUUUAUAUAGGUGAAGACCUAGGUAAAGAAGCAAAUGGACUCCUUACAAGCAAGUUAUGCAAUAAUUUGUUUUGUUACUAAUGUGGGUCAAUAUAAUGUGAUAUCUUUCAGACACCACACCUCACAAAUUUGAGAUCUGGUCAACUCAGGUGCCAGCAUACUGUUAUGAGUGUGAAGGUCUCCUCUGGGGAUUGGCCAGACAAGGACUUAAAUGCAAAGGUGACCACCAUCUGAUAGAAAAUAAGAAUUAUUAGCUUAUUAUUAGCCAGGAAGACAGUCAGCCUUAGUAAGCCAGUUGGGUAUAGACUGAGCCAGACAUCAACAUAAUAUGCACAGAUAGCUGCACUGCUGAACUUUCUGUCUGUCACACAAUCAUUCACAGACACACUGAUUGUCUGAGCAUGACACACCAGCUAUGGUGUGUCAGGUAGAUGAUGGCCACUCAAGGUAGUUGUUAAUCUGCCAGCCACUGUGACAAGGAUGUGAUUCCCUAAUGCCACAUCUACACUUGUUGCUUGUAUGUUAUUCUGCAAGAACCCUUCCUGUCUUAGGACUUGCUAACAGAGAGCGUGCUUACAGGAUCUUGAGCUGAGGCAUGAGCAGUGCGAGCCAUGCAUGUGGUCCAUGACACUCUGAAGACUGACAGUCAUGUAUAUUAGUCAUUCAGUAGCAGUUGUUGCAGUUGAUGUUUAAGUUUGUACUCUCUUAUUUAGACACCUCUUUGGUUGUUACUCAUUUUGUAACACUACCCAUGUUCUCACUAAUUUUCAGAGUGUGGAGUCAAGUGCCAUGAGAGAUGUAAAGAUCUUCUGAAUGCAGAUUGUUUACAACGUAAGUUUAAGAUCGUCUUUAUCAUGAUAUUCAACGUGAUAUCUAUUCAUGCUUCUGAAGCAGUUAUGUGGGAAACUGAAGAAAAUAGAUGGUGUUGUUAUUGCUUCAUUUUUCAAUCAAAGAUGCUGCUUGAUAGCAGUGGUAGUCUCUUUCCUGCAGGCAAAUAUAACAGCUAACCUUGUGACCCCAUAUUACAUUUAAACUCAAAGAAGAAUUUUUAAAAUAUCCCUUGUUCUAUCCACCUAUAACCUUAUUCAUCUUUUACAGGUGCUGCUGAGAAAUCAGCUAAGCAUGGUACAGAUGACAAAACACACUCCAUUAUUGUGGCAGCUAUGAAGAAAAGAAUGGAAAACAGGGAAGCAACAAGACCUGACAUAUUUGACCUCAUAUGGUUAGCAUCAGGAUUUGUGUAUUUUUUAGAAUAUUAGAUUAAAAAUUACAAGGCUAAUUAAAGGUUAAGUUACAUUGUAAGAUCAGAUGCUAGCAGCAGGCUGUUGACAAAUGUACUUGCAACUGAUCUCCACAACCAACCAGCAGGCCAUCAUUGCCUGCUACCAGGUAUUUUUUUUCAGUUUCCUAGGUCUUUUGUUAUCAUGCUCCAUUGUGAUCUGAGAGAGCUUGUUCCACUGUACUUGGCAUUCUUAGCCAGGAUAACAUGACCUUUAAAAGUAAGUCCAGGGGCGCUUUCCAUUUAGGCAAAAUUUCUGGCUCGGCCGGUUUAAAUGCAAAUGGAAUGCGUGGUUAGACUGAAAAUUUUACAGAACAAACAGACGGCCUUCUGAGGUAUUCCACUUUUACCGUUUCUAUGGGUUGGAACAGAAAUUCCUGUUCCAUUUGCGCAAUUCUGUUUUUCCUAACCUUGUUCACAGGCAGUCACAGUUUUUCUCUUCAUUUCUAAUUGGCAUCUGCCUCUCUGAUGCUAGAAUGCUGAGGGGAUUUUCACAUAAAACUUCUUGUCGUUUGCUGGCAAAAACAUUAAAAGCAAGAAUUUUGUAAUGGCAGAUCAAUUAUUUUCGCUUUUGGAUAAUGUUUCAAUUUCUUCGUCAGCAGUGCUGCAACAUCCGUUUUGUUGGAUUUUUGGUUCAUGCAAGAAAUGAGAUUGCAAACGAGGCUCUAUGGCUGGCCAUGGAAAGGCUUUCCAUUUAACCUGGAAUGUUUCCGGAAUUUCCAACUGGAAAUUUUGUCUAAGUGGAAGGCGCCCCAGGUGUUCGAUUUCUUACAGUGAUCAAAUGGGACUGUUGUAAUAUCCCACAGACUUUCCAACCACUCAAAAUGUCGCUGUAAUGGUCAGCUCAGUGAAACUAGCAGAAUACGAUGAUUUAGAUCCAUCUGAGGCAAUUUUGCAAAGUUUUGACCUCUUCUUAUACAAUACCUCAUAGGUAGAGCUAAAAACAUCAGCUUUUGAAUCUUUUUACAGUGGAAAUUAACUUUGUUAACUGUGCUGAUAAAACAUAAUUUAAUUUGUGCCCUGUAAUAUGUGCAUCUGUGAUCAGAGAAAAAUAUAAUUAAUGACAUCUUUGUUCUCCCUUUGUUGAAAUAUUAUUAUUUUUUGUAAUUUAUUAUUUUCUGAACAAUAUUUUAGUGAUGUCUUUUACAUGGAGCCUAAGACGCAUGCUGGACACAUGAAAGCUGUCAAAAAGCUAAUCUGGGAGGGGACUUCAAAGUGGUCAGCAAAAGUUCUUAUCACAGGUAAAUUAAACUGGACUGUUAUGGAAUGUUAUUAAAACUUCCCUAGCUCAUGUGGUGGGAUUUUCCACUGCCAGUGUUAACUUUGAUAUAACAUAAGUGAUAAUACAAUUAACCAACAUUGUAACUAUUCCCUGACACUGUACCCUUUUAGUCAUCUUCCUAGCACACUUGUUCAUGAUACAAUCAUGUGGACAGGAAGGGCUCACUGACAAUCACACUACAUUGCUCUCUUUCAUUUUCCUAACCCUUUAAACCCCAUUAUCAACGUACAAAUUCCCAAGACUGUUCUCUGUACAUUGCCUGAAAGAAUUGGGUGAGAGAAUUUGAUAAAAGAUCUAAACAUUUUCCCUUUGAUGAUUAUUUUAGAUCAAUUUAGGUUUAUGGGAAACUGUCCACCUACCCCUCCCCUAAGCUAACAUUAACACUUACUUCUCACUUAGAGCAAAAUGUUGGCUUAGGGGAGGGAUAGGUGGUCAGUUUCUCAAAAACCUAAAUUGAUUCAUUAUUUUACUUCUUCUCCUAACCUUUUUUCUUGAUGGUGUAAGGAUAUUGUCGGGAGAAAAUUGAUGUUAGUCACUCUUGGGACUUAGAACGUUUUAGCGGGUAGUAAGGUAUCUUCAUCAAAAUAUUGAAGAUUGAUAAUUUAUUUCUUUACUGCUUCAUAGUGUUUCUUGAAAUAAAGAGAUAUCAUAGUACAGUGUUGACAAUAAAAUGUUAUGUCAAGCUUUAUUGGGCAAGAUCAAAUCGAAAAAGAAAAUAUAAAAAAAAUAAAAAUUGAAAAUAUACAAGCAUAAAGAAUUAAAGCCCAAAAAGGAUGGGCUCAAAUGGGACAUUCAGACCCAUGCAGGGUGCCUACCCUAGGAAAAUAUAAGGAUUUAAAAUAUAUACAAAAAGUAAAAUUUAGUUGUAGUAAGAGGAAAGUCUAAUUAUAGAAAAAUCUAGUUGUACAAAAUUGUCGUCUAACUGUAGAAAAAUCUAGAAGUAUUAAAAAAAAGAAAAAGAAAAUAUAUACAUAUAUAUAUCAUAUUCAGUUAGUGCCGAGCAUUCAUGAGAGAUUGACCAUGAGCAGAUUUUGACCAUAAUUUAGAUUUUUCUACAAUUAGUCUUUCCUCUUACUACAACUAGAUAAUUAAAUAUUAAUGAUAAUUUCUUCUUGUGCUCAUAUCUUGUUCUACCAUAGUUGUAAGUGCACAAGGCCUCAUUGCCAAGGACAAAACAGGUUUGGAUUCGUUUUGAAUAUUUUAUUUCUUGAUACUGUCCAUCAAAUAUCAAAUAAAAAUAAGUUUUGCUAAUUUUAAAUUAAAUGAAAUCAAUGGUGUAAUGUAUAAUAAUUGACUUAAAUUUAAUGUAACUUAUUAAACUGAUUUUAAGGUACAAGUGAUCCUUAUGUGACAGUUCAAAUUGGACGAUCAAAGAGAAGGACAAAGACCAUUCCACAUGAGCUUAAUCCAGAAUGGAAUGAAACAUUUGGAUUGUAAGUAAAAAAGUUUAGCUUUUCCUAUAAGGUAGCUCAUUUUCUAAAUGUAAUAUUAUUUUACGUUCCUUUUGACUAUCAUUUUAUUUUUUGACUUGUACAGUGACUGCCACAACUCAUCUGACAGAAUUAAAGUUCGUGUUUGGUAAGUUUGAAAAUAAACUUUCCAGUAGGGCAUAUCUUGGAUUGUUGUGAGAUAAGUACAGGAAACGCAAGGUUGCAUUCACAGUUUCAGUUCGAUUUACACAGCUUUGAUCAAAACAUUCUCACUUUCGAGAAUAGUUUUUUCUAAACCAUAAGAAAAGAUUUAAUUAGAAGUUGAAUUUUUCGCUAUAUUUUCUCUUUCACGUUUUACAUUCAAUUCAUUUUAUUUGCCGGAAAUAAAGUAAGCCUUAGAAAUUAAAAGGAUGUUUGAUCAAUUCACGCUCGCACAUUCUAGUCUUAUUUUAAACUUUAUAGCGGAAGGACAUCUGUGAGCAGGGAAUAAGUCAGCACAGAAUUUGAUUGUCAAUGAAUUUCUGAUAAGCAAGCCGUUGUUCACUCGUCUUCCUUGUUUAGGGCUGAGUCUUAUUCCCGUCAAAGAGAGAGAAAGAGUGUCUGGCGAGGUUUCCAACCAAAGAUUUGUGAACUCGUGUCUGGCAAACUCUCCAAGUGUUUAUAUAUACGCAUAUUAUAUUACUGCACAAUAAAUGUCACAAAAUCUACCUAAGCAGUCCCUUCGGAAUUUUUUGUCUUUACGUCAUCCUAAACAUUUCGUACUUGAGGGCGCAAGCAAUAGAAACGUCAUCAUUACCUACCGAUUCCUCACGGCCCCAGUUUAAACAAAUCAAGAUUUUUUCUGGCAUACUGACUGCAUAUUUCAACUGUAAGUACUUUCCUUAAUAUACGCGCGAGUUACUAGAGUGGCAAAAUCCCUGCGGGGGCAAUAACAGUGAAAAUAGUUGUUGAUACAGAAACAGUUUAGCUGGAAUAUUUUUGUUUGCAUUAUUGGGAGGUUAGAGAAAGUGAUGGUUUGAGAAUUAAAGAGAAAGAUAAGAAACUGAGAAACUGAGAUAUUAUUUUAUGGUUUCAUACUUACAGGGAUGAGGAUGAUGACAUUAAAGCCAAGGUGAGAUCUAAACUGAUCCGAGAGCCUGAUGACUUCCUUGGGCAGACAAUCAUUGAAGUGCGAACCCUCAGUGGAGAGAUGGAUGUGUGGUACAAUCUAGGUUUGUAUCAUUACUAUUGUCUCAGCUUGUGUUGACGUUAGAUAUUAUUGGUUAAACUGUAGAAAUGUGUAAGUUCAUUUAAUGUAACAGUUGUGUUUUUUGUUUUUGCUCUUAAGAGAAGAGAACUGACAGAUCAGCAGUGUCUGGUGCAAUACGACUCCGAAUAAGCAUUGAGAUCAAAGGAGAGGAAAAAGUUGUUCCUUAUCAUACCCAGUAUACUUGCCUUCAUGAGGUAAUUAUCAGUCGGGUGUUUUUUGUAUUGAACCUAAUGUAGUACUUUUUACAUUUUUUGUUUUGAGUUAUCCAAUGCAAAGAUGUGAGAAAUGGAAGUCGUAACUAACUGUGUUUUUUUUUUUUUUUACAUUUUAUGGGUAUGGUUUUAUAUUCACCCUUCUUUCUAUCACCCUGUGUGUUUUACUUUACAAAAAUUGCAUGGUUUUUAUUUGUUAAAUCUUAUUUUAUUCUUUUAAAGAUACAACAGUUAACCCUGUAAAUAAGCAUAAGUUUGAAUAACCUUUAAAGGGCGUGGAAAAAAAACUUGCAUUCCAGCGUGUUCUCUGGACAAGUUGCUCUUACAUUUUACCUGCCCAGCACCAUUGCUUUUAUGUUUUAAAUAACGAAAUAGUUACAAGAUGACGUGACUGAACCCUUUGCCACAGGGACGUGAGCUUAAAAAGUUACUUGUCGAGUAAGAAUGUAUUCUUGUCUUGUUCCUUUUUUGAGCCCUCCAUUGACAUAUUAAUGUUUUUUUUCGUCAGAUUAUGACAUUACAUUCUGUUUGCUUCAUUCUACAGAACAUUUUCCAUUUCUUGUGCGAAAGGAACAACGGACAAGUUCCUCUCCCUGCUGCUAACACAGUAAGCUGCUGUAUACUCUCACCUGUUAGUUGAUGUUUCUCUAAUGCAGUCCAUGCUAAAGAUAUUAGGUUACUAUUCCUGUCUUUUGAUUUGCUUACAUUUGUUGCAGAGAGAAGAUCCUUGGAAAAUAUUCUUCCCAGAACCUGCUCUUGAGAUAGUGAAUGAGUUUGCCAUUCGAUAUGGGAUUGAAAGUAUUUACCAAGCAAUGACGUGAGUAAAAAUUCUUUUUUAUGUUGAGUGGUUAAUAAGUAUCUGCAGUGAAUCCUCGACAUAACAAAGGGCCAAGGGCCUGAAAAAGGGUUCUUUGCCAUAUAUUUUACUAUUACUGGGGUGAAAAACUGAUUUUUCUAAUAUAUAAGGACUUUGUCAUAUAGAGUUUCAUUAUAUCGAGCGUCCACCGUACAUGUAAAUACUGAUUGUGGAUUAAAAGCAGAACGAGACAGUAGACUAAAUUGAUUUGUUUCUUGCAAUAUAUAUUUUUUGUUUUUAGACAUCUGUCCUGUCUCACAACGUGCUACAUGUGUCCUGGUGUCCCCGCAGUCAUCAGCAGUUUACUUGCAAACAUCAAUGCUUUCUUCUCUCACACGACGGCAAACUCUGCCACAUCUGCAUCACAUCGAUUCACUUCCACAAACUUUGGGGUAAGUAUAUAAAGGACAAGUGUUAAAUAUAACGAAAGUGUGCUGAUGCUGAUGAUAGGUAGACCACACAGUUAACACGGAAUAAAAUCAUUUUUUUCCUUUUUCAGAGUGAAAAGUUUGUUAAGAUUGUGGAUCAUCUUUACAACACAUUAAGGAUUGACAUUGCAAAUUAUAGGGUGAGUUUAUGUUGUAGAAGUUUUUAUAGACUAGACUGUAACCCUGUUAAUGCAAACACUGUUGGGCCAUAAAAUAGUUUUCAUUAUAACGAGAUGGUUGUAUCAACAGGAUCUUCAAAUUGAUAAAAUGACCAGUGUUUCGUACAUUUGGGUCGAAAGAUUGUGGUCCUGAUAUCAAGGUUGUUGUAUUAACAGGGUGGUCGUGACACGGGGUUCCACCGUACAUAUAUACCUGUGUGGGUAUACUUUUGUCCCACUGACUUCUGCAUCAUGUGAUCUAUUUAUAGACAAAUUUUCCAGCAUCAAGUCCUGAUAAGCUUGACGACCUCAAGUCCUCUGUUGAUCUUUUGACAAGCGUCACAUUUUUCCGAAUGAAGGUACAGCUACAAUUUUAGUUACAUAAUGAUAGGAUAAAAAUAAAUUAUUUCUCAACAGAGCAGUGAGUGACCUGCACUUGUGACCUAUCACCUGUAACCUAUGUUUUGUACUUGCCAUCACAUCGACCUCAAUUUUCAUCUGUACGGCCUAACAGCGUGUAAUUUCAUACCAAUACAAUUGAAAAUGCACCUCUCCUCUCAGUGGUUGUUUAAUAAAACUGAAAAACCUUUCAUCUACUGGAACAGACAACAACAAGUGACUUAGGCAGUUUCACCUUAAGCUACAACUCCAUUUCGGAUGGUGAUUAGGGCGAGGAGACAAUUUUAGUGUUGUUUAUUUACCAUACCACGGUGACCUGUACUCUAACCUGCAAUAGUGCCUGCCGUCAAUGUCAUAAAAUAUGGAAAUUGUACUCAUUUCAUAUCAAUGUUCAUUAUCACCAUUUUCAGGUUCUCAGUCAAAGACCCACUAGGACAGCAGAGAUUGUGCGUGAAUGUGUUAAGGUAAGAAAGUGCUGUCGUGACUUGAUUGUGAGAAAUUCAAGGGAAGGAAACGUAAGACAUAGUGUAGUGUUUAUGCAUGUUCUGGCCCUGCGUGUAACAUGACUAUAACGGCUGUGAAAUCAGCUCUUAGAUUCUGUGAAUAUCUAAAAUGUUGGCCCAAGAAUAACGCUUGGAGCUUGUUAUUCUUUUUGUUAAUACACACUGUAUAUGAUCUAAUAGAACGCCUCUAAUAAACGCCUGUUGUCUAAUAAAGCCCCUGCUGUUACGCUUUUAAAUUUUUAUUAGAAGCCCUCUCUAAUAAAUGUCCCCUGUCUAAUAGACACUCGGAAUGACAAUUGGAAUGACAUGACAAUUGCCCCACAAUACUAGGAAAAAUCGAAAUAAAGCAAAGUCUUUAAGUUUUAGAUUAUUCAGUUUCUUGCUUGAUUAAUUAGCGGUUUUGCAUGCAUCUUGUUCAGUGUUAAGUUGAAAGUAAGUAUUCUGACUUUGAUGUUGGGCUUUUAAGAAAAAAUAAUACUAAAGGAUCUCUAAACGGCCUAGACUAUCAAUGGAUCUACUGGAUAGUCUGCUAUUUGUAGACUGUGGUGUUGUAUUUGUCAAAAGCUUAUUAGUGUUGUGGAGUUUGGUAACAGUUAUGAGUACAACCGCCUUCCUUUUAAACACCUAUCUAUUUGACGCCCCCACUUGAGCUCCUAACUUAGACACUCUGGGCGUCUAUUAGAUCAUUUAAGUUAGGUUUUUGAAAUUAAAUUAGUUGUUACCAUAUCUUUUUUUCUUUAUUUUGCAUUGUAGAACUGCAUGAAAGGAAGUUAUGCUUAUGUUUAUGCCAACUGUGCUGAACUUUAUGACCGGGAGCUGGCUUCAGAGAGCUCUUCUUUGGAUCCAAAUUUACCGCAGGCUGGUCCAAAAAGCCUCGACUUCUGGCCAAAGUUAAUUUCGCUGGUUGUCUCUGUGAUUGAAGAGGACAAAGUUGUCUACACUCAUGUCUUGAACCAGUAUGUACCAAUUAUAAUCGUUUUUAUUUAUUACCUUUUUGAUUUCCAUGAAUUUGUAAUAUUCUUGAUACUCUAAGAAAGUAAAGCCGACUCCUCAGUGAUAACUAGAACCUUCUAGGGAUUCGAAGAAAAUUCGAGGUAUUGGGUCAUGGGAGUUCGAGUUAUAGAGAGUUCGAAGCAAAUAAUUAAUCGAAAUAAGGAAAUGGAUGAGGAGGGAAUGCAAAUAUCUUGUACACUUUACAUCAAGGGCAGCGAGAGAUAUAGAUUGAUUUUUUGAAAAAGAAACUUGAGUAAUGUACAGGGGUGGACACUAAAUUUCAACCGGAGUAAGAAAAAUGAAAGACAAACAAUUGACACGGUUAGCACUGUUUUUUUUUCGACUCGUCACGCUGUAAAAACAUGGUUCGAAUUAUUAAGGGUAAAAUCAUAUAGAAUGAUCCGAGGGAAAUAUGAAGUUAUGGAGGGUUCGAGUCACUGAUGGUAAAAGUACAGUAAAUGUACGAAGGAAAUCUAGGGGAAAUCGACUUUGGUUCGAGUUAGUGACGGUUCGAGUUAUUGGGAGUCAACUGUAUUGCGAAAUAAGUUUUUCUUUUAAAAGUCGAGUUUUAAUUUAGAAUUCCUUUCACAAACACACGUCACAGCUUAAAAUAGUCAUUUCUUGUUUAAUCUAAGGGAAUAGUCGGUUUGCAGACAAGGUUAAGAUUCUGUAGUGUUUAUUCUGUGACCUUAUUCCCCGGGCCUUGCUAUCUUUUUUCAAUUCAUGCAUUUGCUUCCAGGUUUCCAACGGAGCUGAAUGUUGGUGAAGUCAGUGCUCAGGUGUUCUGGAACUUGUUCUCUGCUGAUUUACAGGAUAUGUUGAAAGGUAUGUAAUAACAAUACUCACUGUUUUCAAACACCAAACGAAACACCCUUUGCUUUAAGAGCUUUGGAACCCCAGAACAUUGUGACGAGUGAUUAAAGACCAAGAAGGAAGAUACGAUGUUUUGUUACUACUUAUUCAUAAUUAGAACAAAAUUUAAAUUUUUAAACUAUUUAAAAAUUAAAACAAAAGGUCGUCGGGAAGUUUUCUUUUUUACUAGACAUGUCAAAAAAAAAAUAAAAAAAACAUUCAAGAGUAAGAAAGCAAUGAUACUCACUGUCCUGUUAUAUAGUCCUUUAAUGCAUAAAUCGGACAUGUUGAUCAGUAGCCAUUCAGAUUAGAGAAUUUUGUUACAGUUUAUAAUUAGUGCACUUUAAUAUUGAUUCGGAAGAAUUAUAUGUUAAUGCCAGUGAACAUUAGACAAAACGUCUACUCUAAUUGUAGCCUCUGACUUUUAGGCUACUUUUGGGAAGGCAUAACAUAUUUUUUCAUAUUGGGAUCCCACUAUCUGUUGUUAAUUUUCAACCCUUUUUUUUUUCAGAGCACAGCCUAAGGCAGCAGUCUCGCUGGAGUAGUGCUGAUUACAUGAAUCUUCACUUCAAGGUGAACAUGUACUUUGAACAAUAAAAUACUUACUCAGCAUUUUUACUGUGUUAUUUCUGAAACAUCCCUCUCAAAUCCAGUGCGUUUUCUUGUUAUGUAAGAAAGUUUAAAACGUUUGAGUUUUACCCUUUGAUUCAGCCUUGCCUUUAUGAGUUAAGAAAGUUCUGAUCUCCUUUUUUGUGGUGGAUAAUUUCUGAAGUGCUAAGGGAUAAGUAGAUGACAACAGCUCAUUAUUGAAGUUUUUUUUUUCUUUUUAAACUCCCUUACCGACUCCGUGGCUUGUUUGUUGUAGGUCAAGUGGUUUUAUAAUGAGUAUGCCAGUCAGUGUGCAGAAAACAGAGGAAAAGUUCCAGAUUAUGCCAGGUAAUGACUUAAAUGUGAGACUGCAUGGACAACAGUCGUUCCAGUCUGAAGGUUUGUUGGUUUGACACAGGUCCAGAAAAACUAGCGAAGUAAACUUGCCUUUGCGUGUCUGCUGCCCACAAGUUAGAGGCUCAACUUGCAUUAUGUUCUCAUGUGUUCCAUUGAAUUGAGUAGGGAUCUUGAUUACGAUUGCGACUUUAGAAGCUAGUUAUACGCCUUUAACAAUAACUCUUCCUGUUAUUUAAUACUGACUAGCACAUAAAAACCAUUAGGUAUAAGAUUUGUGUGGUAACUGCUCAUUUGAGGCACACGAAUUUGGUUUGAAAACUUGUAGUCUCGUACUAAAUAUUUUAUUCAUCGCAGUUACUCGUGGAACUUUCUUAAGGUUCGUAUUAUUGAUGUUUGUACGAUAAAUUGGCCCCCUACUCAAAUGCUAAGAAGGUUUAAUUACUAGCCGUUUCGUCAGACACUGUGUUUUUAAACCAGUACAGUCAUUACAGUUACACUAUUACGUCUGUUCAUAUGUAACUUUUUUUAAAGAGAGUUUAUUCAGUUUUCUUACACUGCUAUUUUUCCUUUGUAGUUGGUUUGAGCCUUUUGUUUCUCAGUGGUUAACUGAGAAUGUCAAAGUUUCAACCGAAUUUAUGAUUGGAGCACUAGAUCGAGACAAGAGGGAUAGUGUGAGUGCUUGUUGUCUUGUUUCUUACAUACAUUACUGAAUCACUGUUGAUAGCUAUUCUGACUCAUCUGAUCUGUCAUGGUCUUGUUUACAGUUUCCUCCCAGCUCACCUCACACUUUGUUCUCAAACUCAGUGGUGGAUAUCUUCUGUUCAUUAAACCAGGUGAAUGAUUGGAAGUUAAAAAAAUAAUGAUUUUACUCUGCUUGUGAGUGUAAGCUCGAACUUUCAAAGAGUGUUUAAAAGGCCCGGUUUAUAUAGAGACGUUUUUUCGUGUACUAAAGAGGGUCACCCACUUAGCCGACUCAACCUUAGUGAGUGUUUAUAUGAAAACAAGUUGACUCGUUUUUCCGAGCCAACUGCAGACAACAGCGUUCGCGCAUGCUCUGAUUGUUUCGCGUUGACCGAGUUGACCCGGCUAAGAGGGUGACUCUACCAAUGAAAAAACCGGGUCACCCCUCCAACAGAGCAUAUUUUCUAUAUCUCAUGUAGACAAUUCGUCACGUUUUAUAAGGAAAUGUAUGAAAGGUUGGCUCGGCGCCCAGGGUAGCUUGGGUAGGCGGGUGGACAACCCUUUUUAGUUGGCCAACUUGAAUCUGUACCACGUGACCAAGUUUCCCUUAACCUGUCGUUUACGUUUCAUUACUUCUACAAAAAAAGUUAGUAGUUUCACGCCAAUUUUAUCCUUAAGAAUUGUUUGAAGCUGUUUUUUCUACAUAUUUUCUAUUUUGAAUUCUCCACUUGAAUCAAUUCCUUUCAAUUUCUUUUCGUUUUUCCUUAGAUGUAAUGGUAAUUAAAAUAAAACUAUGAUAUAAAUAAGAAUUGUUACUUGAAAUAUUUUCCCUCCUUUCCUUUCAUUAUAUUUUUUCUUUUAACUGGGCCGCCUAGAUUAGCAAUUGCUAUUUUGCAAGCCAGUCUACUGUAAUACUAUUUUUAAUAAAUAAAGUUGAAGUUGAAGUUGAAUCUGACGUUUGCCCGUAAACGUGACUCGUCACAUUUACGGCAAACGGCAAAUGUCACUUUGUAAAACGUGACCAACAAGUUUUGCUUUCAUUUGCCGUGUAUUAUUCAGUGUAUAUACACAAAAAUAAGUAGUUUCACAGUUGUCAUCAGCUCAUUUCCUAAUUUGAGAAAUUGUCUUCUUGAAACUCACUUUUACUGUUUACCGUAAACGUGAUUCUUAAUCUCUCAUUCAUUAACUGCGUAAAACCAUAAAUUAUUUUUGUUACUUCUAUUACUUUUUAUUUUUGACGUAAUUUUCUAAAUUUUGUUUUGUUUUGGCAGAGCUUUGAGAUUGUGCGGAAACUGGACUGUCCAGACCCGGAAAUACAGACUCGUUACAUCAUCAAAUUUACUAUUGUAAGUAAUGAGUGUUUAGAUGUCUUCUGUUUCUUGUUUUUGCUCUGCUCUGUUUGCUUGCUUUUGUGUUUGUUUUUUUCCUUAACGCCACAUUCUGGUCAGAACCAUCGUAUUUAGUUCUUAAGUCUAGUGACAGUGUGCGGGCAUGAAAAGUACUGGAAAAAGAAGGUUAUUCUUUGUUCGUUGCAGACUGUACAGAAUGUCUUGCUUCAAUAUGCUGAUAAAAUUGUCAAAGAAUUCAGUGCUUGGUGUGACCAGAGAGAAACAGCUUGUAUUUUGAUGAACAACAUUCAGCAGCUCCGCGUUCAGCUGGAAAAACUCUAUGAAACAAUGGGUGGAGGGGAGAAGGUAAUGGAUGUGCAAAUGAAAAGUGUUCUUCUGUUGAGUUAUAGCAACAGUGAUUAGGUGUUCCAUCCUUUCCACAGCUAUUCAUACCCGUAACUGCUUUCAUCAUCUUGCUUAACUUAUAGCUGUCUCCUGAAUGCAGUGAAGUAUUUAAAGAGCUACAAGUGAAACUUAAUCUCACGCUUGAUGAGUUGUGCGUGAUGUUUGCUCGAAGGUGCGUGGUAAUGACCAUGUGAUCUAUUGUAUGUCUUGAGCUUGUAGUGCAUGAAAAUAUGCCUCAGAAAAAUGAAAAGAAGAAAUGGCAAGCAUGCUUCUCAGUCAGUCGCUCGACAUUUUAGGCAACCGUAUUCUCAGUUGGUUUAUGUUAAUGGAUUUUUUUUAAACCGAAAACAUUUUAUGAUGCAAUGUGGGACACUUUUUUUUCGUCUGUUCUUGCAGCCUUGAUUUGUCAAUUCAAGAAAGUGUAAAAGGCGUUGGAAACUCGCUGUUCAAGUAAGAUGAAAAAUAUGACAAUUUUUCCUAUUUUUUUCUCUUACAGUAAAACCCACAAAAAAGGAAGUGAUUUAAGAACCUACAGGUUGAAAUUUGGCAUUUAAAUACCCCAAAAUAUAAGAACCUGUUCGGCCUGGCAAACAAAAAUAGGCUCUUAUACUAAAAAAACACUGCAAUUUUGAUGGCAAAAUUCUGGAUUUUAAUUGUGUGAGAAACUUUUGACAAAAGUUUUUGUGUUUAUGUUUCCUAUGAUUUACAUUUUCUCUAGAAAUGUCUUUUCCAGAAACCAUUAUGUAUUAGUAAUACAAUUUUUUUUUCUGCCGAUGGUUACACUACGACAACCUCUGAAAAUAAGAACCUAUUAAGAACCCCAUCAGCCUGAAUUGUGAAAAACUACCCUGUUCAGCCUGAUCUCGAAAAUUCUAGGUUCUUGUAUGCGGGUUUUCUCUGUAUGCUACUGUAGGAGGAGUUUUCUGCAUCUGAAGGCAGUUCGUUGUAUAUCCAUUUUCCAGAUCCAUAUAGUAUGCAAGGCUUUAUUAGUUCUAAUGUUUCAAAAAAAAGGAAAAACAAUUUUUUUUAUUGAAACUAAAAGCAGAAUUCACCGUCUAUCGUGUCAUUUUCGCUCGAAUUUGUGGGUUAUGGAGCAUUUUCGCAAAGUACAUCGGUUUUUAUUAAAUGUGAAAACAGUCAUUAAAGAUAUUUUUUUCAUGCGUUACCUAAAAGUUUUUGUAAUUAAAAACGGUGAUGAUUUUAUCAAUAGUCGAUGCGCCUUACUUUUGGAAUGCGUGACGAGACGGUUUCUUCAGGCUUCGUUUAGUUUAAUUUCGUGUUAUUUUUGAAUUAUUUAUCAGGAUCAAAAGUACUGGUAACUUUAAUCCUGCUUUGCCAAGUAGCAAAACCAUCAUCGAGGAAGAGUCAGGAAGUAUUAUCCAUCCAUUAAUGUUACUUCUUGAAGGAAGGUGAGAUAGCUUAGAGGAUAUAUUGCCAAGUGUACUCUACUAUAACGCAACCGUUGUCACGCCACCCUCCUCUCUACAAAGGGCUUAGCUGAUUAGUCGAAAACAACUUUGUUUUUGAGUGCAUAGUUUCUGUAAUUUGAAAAACUGGUCAGGUUUUUCUUGUCGUAGGUGCCCUAAACAGUUAGGUAGUAUAUCAUCAUGGGCUUGACGCUUGGAUAGAACAGCAAAGUACGAACAAGCCUGCGAGCACGCUCUCCAUUUGAGGAAUAUCGUGAAAAGUAGACGCGCCAGAGGCACGCGAGAGGAGACGCGAAAGCGGAGGGCGGGGGAGUGGCUCUCAGACUGCCGAGAACUGCUUUUAAACAAAAAAUUAGAGAUCGCUUCUUUCGAAUUUUCGACGCCGAAGAAAGUUAUGUCCCUCGCGGCUUCGCCGCUCUCUCGCGCGUUCUCUCGCGAUUCGCUUCACUCGCCCAAAUAGGAAAGCUUGCUCGCAGGCUAAGUACGAACCUCUGGUAGUCAGUAUAGAACCAGAGGGAACGCGAACUUUUCAGAACCAGGAGUAAGCAACUGGAAAGCGAUUACUUCAUGAAGCAACUUUGCGAGAUUUUUUUUAUAUUGGUCGCGUGGGACUGGGUCUGUGUUGUGUCGAAUUGCACUAUGGGACUAUUGGGACGCUGUAACUUCUUUUAUUGGCUGUUGCGAGGUCGCGCCGGAAACUGAGUCAAACUUCGUUCCUCAAAACUGUGCAAUUGAACAAAACACGACCAAGUCACAAAGGGAACCUAAAUAUGGCUAGUAUGCAUGACAGAAUGUACAAAAGAGAUUGGGAAAAUAAAGGAGAUUGAAGAGCGGAUUUGCCUUUCCUUGCCUCCUCUUUUCAUAUGCCUGCCACCUGCUUUUGAUACUAACAUACAAUGUUUUCCAACAGCUUAGAACUUUUCUACAAAGCUUGUGAAAAGACUGUUCUGAAGAGACUUCUGAAGGUAAAAGAUUUGGUCACUAUACUGGUUACUAUCUUUUAAAGGAUCACCGAAGUACAUACAAUUAUCAUAUUGUUAUGCUUCUUCCUUUUGUUUUCAUUAACUAAAUAUUCCUUUAUAACGGAAAUAGUCAUAUAAGGAUUUGUGUAGGGUAUCAAAGUGAAUGCAUAUUUAAUCGAAAUCAGUUAAAUUUUGUGAGCUUGUUUUUCGGCGUUACCUCAUCUGUACCGAAUUGCGUUAUCGACUUGUAUCUUAACAGGAGCUAUGGAAGAUAGUCCUCCGGAAUAUCGACAAGAUCAUCGUUCUUCCACCACUUUUAGAUAUCAAGGUAAAAAAGGCCUUAACAGACUGUUUUCAUUUUUUAGAUACAGUAGUAGUGUAUGAAGGAAAGUUUUUUUUGUUACAAUAAGUGUGAUUUCAGCGCUUGUAAUCGAUGUUACCUUCCUCCCGCCGACCCCCACGUUACCCACCAUCACUCUUUAUCCCUUACAUUUUUGUGUAAUCGCUUUCGAGUGAUUCCCUUGCAUUUGAAAAUAACAUUGUACGGUGCAGAAUAUGAACUCAAACAAUAGCCCCUAUGCAUGAUUACGUCAGACGAGUAAAUUUCACCAACAAGCCUCGUUUGUGAACAAAAUUUUUUGCAUUUGCACUUUUUGUGCGUGGGUGUUCUUUUCAACUCUACCUGCCUUGGGAAUUCAUUUCUGUGAAACUUCGCUUAUUUUUAAUUUCAAAACGAGGCUUGGUGGUGAAAUUUGCUUGUGUGACGUAAACAUGCAUAAGGGCUAUUGCGACUAAGCUCCUUUUGGAUGUUGUCACGCAAUGUCUCGCUUAUGACGUCUUUGCUCAGCAAACUUUAAAUUUUUUACGUUUAGGAAUUGGCGGGAAUAGCAAGCCAAUCGGAUUCAAGAAAUAUGAGUCAUAAGCAGUGUGCAGUGAUGGAAACCACCCUCGGUACUAUUAAGGUAUGAUGGGAAAUAAUAUAGUACCUCAAGAUACAAGAAAGGAGUCGUACUUUGAUCUGCAAACAGGCUUACUCAAACACAAAUUGAAUACAAAAGAACUAGGGUUGUUUAGUAAUCAAAUAUGUGUGUGAAAAUUAUGUUAUCUUCCUAGAGAGGUCACAACUAAAGCAUGGAUAAACAAUGUCGUCGAAUGAGACAAAUUAAAAAAUUAACAACGGCAGUAACAAUUUAUUUUCAUCAUAACUUGAAUGAGACAAACAAAAAUUGAGGUAGUUUAAUCCGUUAACGGUUAUACGACUGAUUUCGAAUCGAGGAAGAGACAUCGCCAUGCCUUUCGUCUCUCGAUUGAGUUGUGUUCCAUGCAAAACACCAAUGAUUUUUGAUAUGGUCCAGCAAAGCUCAGUUGAUUUGCUGUUAGAGUACUUCUUGCUUCUGGCAAGUUUCUCUCGAGUUCUCCAGUAGAUGCGUCUAAAACGCGUGUCCAAGCAUGCGUGGUUAAGGUCCUAUUAAUGAAACAAAAGUUAAAUCAUGAAAACCCAAACUUUUUGAGUGGGGGCAAACUGGAUAGCCUGGUCGUCGCUUCUCUCUUAUUUUUCGGGUGAAGAGAAGCGACGACCGGAAAUACGUUUGCGUUCGCAAGCUGCAAACUGUACGGGUGCUGGCCCAAGUAAAGAUAAGCCUUAGUUUUCUUGAGGUCUCCUCGCCAUCUAUUCCCUCCUUCCUUCUAUCUUACUGUAAUUGUGUAGCAAAAUAGAGAUUGUACAAAGGAACCCCGAUGUAACCUUCCUCGAUAUAACGAUGUUCCCGGUAUAACGAUGAAUAUUCUAUGUCCCGGCAAAAGUUACAGUAAAAUGUAUUGGACAGAACCUCGAUAUAAUGAUCUUCGAUAUAACGAUGUUCUCGAUAUAAGACUGAGAAUUUAACGAAUCGAACGUAAAAUCUUUCCCGAUAUAAUGAUAUUAUUAGUAAACACAGUCACAAUUUAAGCAAAACAAUUAAUUUUAUACCACAACAUUACAGUAAUCGAGUAAUCUUCUCCAACCUUUCUGUUAACUCACUUGGUCUAAUUGGGCAGUACAUAACUCUGAUAACAAAAACAUUGAAACAAAAACGAGUUAAGAAGGACUAUAGCAAGUGUGUCAAGCGAAGUAAUGCAUUACUUCUGCUGGCUAAUGUCUGUUUUGAAACAACGAACACGCGAACUCGAUAAGUAAUUACGAUAGCAGUCGCAACUUCAAAUGGUUUAGUUUAGUUUUGUUGCACUUGUACGAUUCACACCACAUAAUUUACUGUGUAAACUUUUAAAACUUCUAGUGGUUUGCAAACUGUUUAAGGACAUUGCUGCGUGCUUGAAAUGUAUGCAGUAAAGAAGUACAUGGUACGUUUUCUCCGAUAUAACGAUAGUUUCGGUUAUUUUACGGCCAUAUCGUUAUAUCGGGAGUUUCGAUAUAACGAUUCCUCGAUAUACUGAUAUCAUUUUACUGCUCCCUUGGCAUAUCGUUAUAUCAAGGUUCCAGUGUAAUUGUGUAUUCUUUUUCAAGGAUUGUUUUCACGCAUCUGGGAAUGGACUGAGGAAGACUUUCUUGGACAAGUGUUCACAGCUGCAGUCUCUCAAGUCUGCUCUGUCGCUGUACACGCAGACCACUGACUCGCUUAUAAAAGAGUUUGUUAAGAGCCAAACAUCACAAGGUAGAGUUUAUAACAACUGUAGCAAAGAUCAGUAAGAACACGGGACAAAAACCAGGGCAUGUUCGAGCUCGUGAGACUAUCAUUUAAAGACUGGCUGGGCCCACUGGCGGUCUUCCAAUGCUUGGUUAUAACGUGUUCCUAAAAGUCAAGGGGCGGAAGUCUGGUUACAAUUUCGAGGAAAAUCAUGAAGUGGGUCAAUUUUGUGUUAUUAUUUUUAUUAGACGGAAAGAUUAUUGAACUAACAAAUCUUAACGCUUUUGUCGUGAGGAAUUACCUCAAAGCGGUAAAAAAGCUCAAUCGUCAGUGACUUAUCUGAAGUUGCUAAAAAAUUUUCAGACAAUCCAUUAGAAACUAGGAAAGCACCAGUAAAAAAGCAAACUGAUAGAAUAACGUAAAUCUGAAGGCUUUUAAGGCCCUUCUUGCUGAAUAGUGUAGAACUACAACUGUUUGCUUUCUCUUAAUUUAGAGGAUCCUGGUGUUGAUGACCCAGUGGGGGAGGUGUCAGUCCAAGUUGACUUGUUUACCCACCCGGGGACAGGAGAACACAAAGUUACAGUGAAAGGUACUUGAACAUAUUCUGUAUCGAAGUUCCAUUGAUGUUUGUGUUCCUGGGCCGGGUUGUUCUAAAGUGGGUUAAGGUAACCCAAGGUUGGUGCAAAAUUUGAACUCAGAUAUGAGAGCCCUAAAAAACAAAUUCAGUUUAAUUCUCUUUGCCUACAAUUUGAUGAUUGGAUACUCUAAAAAAACACUGUAAAAAAAAUAUAGAAAAUAGGCAGUGCUUUUGAUGAAAAGAAAAAGACGCCCUGGUAAAAAUUUGACCCUGGGUUAGCACUAACCGGUGUUCGAACAACUGGGCCCUGGUCGAUAAUCCGAGACAAUUUAUGGAGGCAUUUUAUUUAUUGAAACGUAUUUGCUAUGUUACAGUUGUUGCAGCCAAAGACUUGAAAUGGCAGUCCCCAGGUGAGUCUAUUUGCUAUUUGUAUAGUUUAAGUUAGAGACUAUGGUUUUUCAUGCUGAUUUUACAGAACGUUUUUCGGGAAACUCUUGUCCAUUAUUCAAGAAUAAGCGCCAGAUCAAAUUAGACAAAUUGUGUCUGUGUUUUAGUAGAACGUAUAAUAUUAUCAGUUCACUUUGUGAUAACGCCUUUACAAAGACUGUCCCAUAUCAUUGUCAAAAAAAGCCAGCAAAACUUCAAUCUUCUUUAGACUGUAUUCUGUAGUCAGAUGUAGUUUAUUGGAAUUGGUGAAUUAUCUUAGCGUAAUUCGUUUGUGCUUUUGUAUAACAUAAUUUUGCUGAAUUAACUUGUCUUGUUAUGUCGUUUUUUUUUUACAGGAAUGUUCCGUCCGUUUGUAGAGGUGAAUAUCGUGGGACCCAACCUUAAUGGAAAGAAACGUAAACACUCCACCAGAUCAAAGAACAACAACUGGUCUCCAACAUACAAUGAAACAUUCUUCUUGUAAGUAACCAUAUAUUUUUCUCCUACCUAUAAGUGCUCUUUAUUACAGAAUCGCAUGAUUAAGUAAAAUCUCGCAUUCUGAUUGGUUAACGAAGCGAGGUAUUUAGUGUGGAAUUGCGAGUUGAAAACGAGGCUAAGCGAUAUUGUUUCGCAUCUACGUAACAACUAUCGUCUAAUUCUAACACAACAACAUGCAAAAAAGGUUUUCUACAAUGUCAUUUUAAAAUGUUUUCAAAACCAUUCAUUGUCACUUUUUGAAGAGUUAAAAACAAACAAAAGCGUUUUUUAAAGUGAGCCGGAGGUUCUUCCUUGUUUUGAACUGAACUACAGAUUCUCGAAGAGACAUAAAACCUCUUUCACUCGCGACAACCAGAAAACAAGAAAAUCCUGUGAACACGGCCCAGUAAACGGCAAUCUAAAGUUCAGCCAAACAAAACGGAGAAGCGACAACGGAGGAAGUGCCGGGGUCGAUUGUCCCAUAUACAGAAGAAGAAAUAAAUACCUUCAAAGAGGACAUGGCCCCUGAAAACACGAAAAAGAGUACGCCGCUUGCAAUCGUCUUGAAUCGUGGUACUUAGAAAAGUACAAAACAGAGCUGAACUUGAACAGCAUUUCUAAAACAUUUCAAGGUACUUACCUUAUGUCAAUCGCGACGUUAAACAUGUUAAACUUUCAGUGCUUUCGCUUGGACACUUGAUUUCUUUCAGUUUUGCCGCCGAAGAGGUAAAAGGUGUAAAUUAUUUUCCUUCUCGAGCAAAUGACCAAUUUGAAAAAAGACGUUCUACAUAAACGGCUUCUAAAUUCAGUAAAACACCUCUAUUUAUCCUUACGAUUAGUGUGAAGCUUGUUUACAUGUAAAAAAGUUUGAAAACAAAUGUAAAAACAAGCACAAGGUACAAAAAAAGUUGUCGAAGGUUCAAACGUGUACGACUGACCUUGCUUCCUAUUCGCUAACGCAAUGACAGUUCUGACAGUUGACUUUGAAAUGGCUUUCUGGAGCGCGCGCUCAGGAUAAAAACAAACAAUAUUAUUGCUGUUUUCUUUUUUUUUCUUCUGAUUUUUAUUCAAUUAUGCGAUUCAAGGAAAAUUCAUUACCUGACUCGAGAAUUCCACGUUAAAUUGCACUUGAAAACCGAUAUCGCACUCAUCGCUUCGCGAUUCGUGCGAUAUCGGUUUUCGCGUGCAAUUUAACGUGGAAUUCCCUCGUCAGGUAAUGAAUUUUCCUAUAGAACUUCAUCACAAUAUGAAACUCAUGAACGGUAGACCUAACGUCUAUGCAGAACUUUGAUACGAGGCUAGACUUGGGUUUUACGUGGUAUGUUCCACUCAGAUGAUCGGAAUAACAUCACAAAAACCUUUGGCAUUUUCAAAAUCAUCCUCUUUGAAGAGCGUUCCAAGUACUGUUAGGUCUAACCGUAUAAAUAAAGUUGCGCUUUCAAAUUUUGUUGCAUAGUUUUGAAGGGGCCUUUCUGUGGUAAAUGAUAUUUAAAACUAACAUGAGAUUAAAAAUAAACUUGUUUUGUUUACUGACAGUAUACUUGGCAAUGAAGAUGAUUUGGAUAAUUACGAGCUUCAUAUAUGCGCCAAGGAUUACUGCUUUGCCCGGACAGACAAUCUUGUUGGUAUGACUGUUUUACAUCUAAAGAACAUAGCUGAGAUGGGUUCCUGUGCAUGUACUCAAGCAUUGGGGCGUUAUAUCCAAAUGGAUUCCAAGGGAUGGACAAUUCUCAAGAUUCUUUCCCAAAGAAUGAAUGACGAAGUUGCGAGGGAAUUUGUCCUUCUCAAAAAUAACAAAAGAUCCGAAGGAUUUGACUAAAGUAUUGAUUUCAUUUGAAACCAGUUAUUUGUCUAUUUAUUUAAUAUAUUUGGUUAAAACCGUACUAUCACACCAACCAAGGAAUGCAUUUUUGCAGGAUUUUGUAGAGUUGCGUAGUUAUUGCGUGCUGCGUUUGUGUAGGCCUUGAAGUUAGUUAACCUUUAGGUAUUAGUACACUAGAGUUAUUAUUGAGGCAGCUGGUCACUGUUUUGUGGAGAUGAAUGGUCACAAGCUUCAAAGGGUCUUGCUGAUAACAGAGUGUUGCUGUCAUGAAAAAGAGAACUCUUAAACAUUUUCAUUCUGAAAGCACUUUAGUUUAGCGACGUGAAAAUAGCGAAAUUAUCGUUAACGUUGAGUUGCUCAACCACCACGCAAUCUUGCAGUAGUAUGCUAGAGUCUUUACAGGUGAAAGUCCGUUAGCGUAUUGAUCUGAAUUUCAGAAAUAGUUGUUAUGUAAAGUUAGGGAACUUACUUUAAUGUGUAAAUAAUAACUGCUUCUUGUUUUGAGGACUCCUUAAAGUUAUUCGCUAAGUUAUUUGCUUGGUUCUCAUAUGUUGUUGGCAUUACUGUAAUAUUUUCUUCUUUGGGGAAUGUUUUGGCCUAUUUAUCUCAGUUUAGGAGCAGAUGUACUAAGAAAUCGUUGAUGCCGCUGGUGAAACAGUCUGAGAAAAAUUUUACGAGUGAAAUAUGCAUCCUCACAAUUCUGCCAGUCAAUCAAAAAGGUGUAACACCGGCAUAGUCAAACUGAGAUCGCGAAUAACUUCUGUUGUUCCCAUUUGUCAGAAAAGUACCCCAGGGGUUUCUGGGUUAUUAACCCUGGGUAUUUUCCAGGUAGUCGAGGACCAGCCUCAAAACAUCAGCAUAUUUAUACAAACCCAUGGCAGAUAGAUAUUUACUAAAUAUAAAUAUUAGGUAUCAAUUAAUUUAGAUAAUUGUUUAUAUAUUGAGCAUGUGGUUAUCUUGGCGUAAACCAGGAAAUGUAAAUUUACUAUUAUUCGUGCAUUUUUUUUACAUAUAAAAUCAGUAGCUGCGUUUCUUUAUGCUCCGUACUAGCGUAGAUUCUAAGGUGUGGGGAGUUAAUUUAGAACGGUUUAGAAACUGGUGGUUGUUUACUAAAAGUAAGUUUUAUUGUACCACGAGCAAAGAUCGCCAGUUGUUGUCUAGUUCCAUGUCAUUUCAAUUCGACGUUGACAGUACGUCUCAGGGAAUGAACACAAUGAAAAUAGCUUGUGGCCCAUGAAUGCGGUCAACCCUCUUGUAAGCGGUCACCCAAAAUGCAAAGAUUUUGUAGUCUCUUAAGAAAGGUGGUCGCUUAGGAGAUUCAAACCAGAAGAGUCUCUUUCAAGGCGAGGUCCAGAGUUAUAGAAAGUCAAUUGCUAAGUUACGAUUCCUGUAGUUCCAUGUUCACACAAAUAGUUCAUCGCAUACUCUUGGUAGCGUAGUACAUACUGCAAACAUAGAGAAUAGGUCAUGCGUUUUGUAGUCACCUACGAGAGGUUAAAAAAUAUUGGAAAAUUAUAAUACCAUCAACCCCAAAAGUGGUCGCGGUUAGUUACGAGAGUGGAUACGAGAGGUUCCAAGAUUUGGUGCUUUAACUGGGAAAUUUUUGGUGCACUUUGAAUAGAUGGUCGCUUACGGGAGGUGAUCGCACAUGGAGGUUCGUCGCGACCGUAGCUAUUGUUUUUGCCUUCGACACCUCGCUAUGAAAUAGAAUUUAGGGUCUCUUCAUCUAAGCCUGGGGGUCUUAAAGGAGCAAGCUAGCUUUCUCAUAAUAACAUAUUGAUAUUGUUUUACAAAGGAAAUAGAAGUGAGCAAAAAUAUCGCCGGAAAACGGAGCUUAUUUAGAGAGACCCUUGAUACACACUGUACCGAAAAUAGGUUAAUUUUGUCAUUUUUAAAUAAUUAUUUAAUUUUCUUUUAAAACGUUCAGUAUUGUCACGAAAGAUAACGAAACUCAUCGAAAUUGGCUUGCGUCUUCCCAGUAAGGAGAUUACAGUUUUUAUGAUCUCGCUUCUCUUAUAGAGCACUUUACAUCUGGUUCAUUCCUCUUGUCCUGUAAAUAGAACCGUAGAAGUUUGAACUUGUGUUAUUUGUAAGAUCUUUUGCCCUGGAACAUCAGUGUUAAUAAAAAAUAGCUGAAGAGAUGUACUUUUAGAACCGUAUAAUGUUAUUUUUGAUAAGGGACAAAUUGAAUAAAACAACGUU